AUGCAGACUCUUCAGCUCACCGUUCCGCUCGGCGUCUCGGAGGGCCAGCAGAUCCAAGUGCCCGUGCUCUCGCCUGCUCCGGUCGUGCAGCAGGCACCGUUUCCGCCGCAUCCCAUGCAGAUGCAGGCGCCCCCGCGCCGUCAAGGAUGCGAGCACGCCACGCCGCUCCUCGGCGCGGUGGACCCGCCAGAAGCACCCGUCCUCGUGCCAAUGGGCACGCCAGAGCUGGCCGCCCUCAACCAGCAGCCCUUUCCCGCCGACGUCUACACCGCCGGGGUCAAGCAGGGCGGCGCGCCGGUCGCGGGCCAGCCGCUCCCCUUGGUGGCCGGCGUGCCGGUCGCCGAGAGCGCGCAGGCUGUCAUCUCGCAGCCGGUGCUCACGACCGCCGCGGGCAUGCCGGUCGUCAACAGCGUCGCCGGCCUCUCGCCCGCGCGCACGUUUUACGACGGGUGGAAUGGCAUCACGAGCUGCGACAGGCGGCUGCAGGACAGCGUGGACGAGCUGAUGCUCUUCCUGAACACGCACAACACGCGCCCGCUCGUGGGCUGUCAGGUCGAGGGCUGGCACCACGAGAGGCGCACCCGCCGACGGCGCGUCGUGCGCGACGGCAAGGAGCACUGGGAGACGGAAUCAUACAUCGAGCGGGUGCGCGACUUCAUGUACAAGGUGGACCUGACGCCCUUCGUCUACCCAUUCGGCUUCAUCACCAGCGUCGAUGCGGCGGGGCUGAGCGUGCCCGACCUGUGCCAGAAGUUCGUCAAUGACACCAACCUGCUCAAAUCGCUCGCGAUGAAGAAGGAGGUCGACUUUGAUUUCAACGGGCUGCACUCGAUGGUGUACGGCUACAUCCGGUCGCUCGGCUGGCGGCGCGGCCUGACGGUGAGCUUCCCCAAGGCCAACGCCUCGGUGCGCGUCUACCACGAGAACUGGCUCUCCGCCAUGUGGGAGAAUUGCUGUUGCCGCAUCCUCUGCCACCUCACGCUCAUCCCGUGCCUGCUCAUGCGCAUCUACCGCGGCGACUGCUGCUGCCACGAGGACCACGCCGAGGAGGACGUGCGCUCCUACUUCCGCAUCAACUACCAAGCCAUCCAAGUCUUCGAGGGCAUCCGCUCGCAGCUCUGGGCCCCGGGCUUCUCCGGUGCCGCGAGGGCGAUGGAGCUGCUCCGGAAUGUCUUCUGGUAG